GACAAUGAGAAAUCCGAUCGAUCAUUUUUUUUUAUGUAAGGAAAAAAAAAUACAGGGCAAAAAGGUGGAAAUACAAAAUGCGUCGAACUUGAGUUUUCGAUCGUCGAUACUUUCUCGAUGAUUUUUCUACGAUCUUAUAAUUUCGAAGGACGUCGAGUUCCGUGAGAUCAUCCCAGAAAUUCUUCCCAUUCGAUGAAUGCAUUUCUUUUUAUAGAAUAAAAUAUUGCGCUAGAAAAUCCUCAUUUUAAACUUUCGCAAUAUCUAUGUGUAUCUACAGAGUAUGGAUCGAUUCUCUGUGCUCUAUUUUUCCCUUCAUACGAUACCUACAAAAUAGCUUAGCUAAAUAAUUGUGACACAUGUAGAGAGACGUUCCUAAUUACCUUUUAUAGUUUCCUCACGCUCGUGGAGUACGCCCAGUCUUCGCGUCAUGAUCGAGAUCGGGAUUUAUUUCUUAAGUGUAUUUUUUGAAGUUUCUACAUCUCCGUGGAUACGAUCUACUUCAGAAUAGUGACUUUAAUCGACAGAACAACCCCUACGCUUAUUCAAAUAUACGAAAUAUAAGACGAAGUAUAAUCUAUCAUGAUGAUAUUUGCUAUAUUUAUUAUCUCAACACUCGUAUUACAAUCAUCAGCAAUAAUUCGUAUCCCGGAUAUCUUAGAAGUUCAGUCCCCACCACGGAUAUCCAAGCAGCCUCCUACGGAUGAACAACUUUUUCAAGUAGCUCAAGCUAAGGUCAAUAAUAAUGAUAAACCCUUCCUGAUUGAAUGCGAAGCGGAAGGAGAACCUGCACCAAAAUAUCGGUGGGUUAAAAAUGGAAAAAAUUUUGAAUGGCCAGCAUAUGAUGACCGUAUUUCUCAACAACCAGGAAGAGGCACUUUAGUCAUAGCAAGACCUCGUGAUGAAGAUUUAGGACAGUACCAAUGUUUUGCAGAAAACGAAUGGGGAAUAGCUACAUCAAACUCCGUUUUCGUUCGUAAAGCAGAACUUAAUGCAUUUAAAGAUCAGACUCCAAUAAGUUUAAAUGCUUAUGAAGGAGAACCAUUUAAACUAACCUGCCAACCACCAGAUGGGUGGCCAAAACCAAAUGUAUACUGGCUAAUUCAAGAUACAGCUGGUGCAAUUAAAUCAAUUAAUAAUUCACGCAUGACGUUAGAUCCUGAAGGAAAUCUUUGGUUUAGCAAUGUUACAAGGAAUGACGCCUCUGAUGAUUUCUAUUAUGUGUGCGCAGCAACGUCUGUAUUUCGAAAUGAAUAUAAAUUAGGCAGUAAAGUUUUGUUAAAUGUUAUUUCGAGUGGAGCAUCUUCUAAUCAGAAUAAACAUGAACCUGUUAAGCAGUAUGUUAGUAGAAAAAAUGAAGUUGCUCUACGUGGUAAAAAAAUUGAAUUAUAUUGUAUAUAUGGUGGUACUCCUUUACCACAAACUGUUUGGAGUAAAAAUGGAAAAUUAAUACAAUCAAAUGAUAGAAUUAUACAAGGAAAUUAUGGGAAAUCAUUAAUUAUAAAGCAUGUAAAUUUUGAGGAUGAAGGAACAUACAGUUGUGAAGCAUCUAAUGGUGUUGGAGAUGCAAAUUCAUAUUCUAUAAGUUUACAAGUAAUGGCGGUUCCAUAUUUCACAGUAGAACCAGAGAUUAUAAAUGCAGCAGAGGAUGAAACUGUUGAAUUUAGAUGCGAGGCAAGUGGUGUGCCUGAACCAGAAAUCAAAUGGAUUCACAAUGGAAAACCAAUAUCAGAGGCACCAGCUAAUGAUAGAAGAAAAGUUACAGCAAAUUCUAUCAUUAUAGAAAAGUUAAAAAAGAAAGAUACAGGAAAUUAUGGGUGCAAUGCCACUAAUUCUUUAGGAUACGUUUACAAAGACGUAUAUGUUAAUGUCUUGGCCUUAGAACCUGAAAUUACUCAACCUCCAAAUGACAAAGCAACAGUAGAAGGUAAAACAGUUCGGAUUACUUGUCGUGUAUUUGGUGCACCAAAACCAAUAGUUAAGUGGGCCAGGAAUGGUCAAGAAUUAACAGGAGGAAGAUACAGAAUUUUGGAUUCAGGUGAUUUAGAAAUAGAAAAUAUAAUAUUCUUAGAUGCAGGUAGUUAUGUCUGUCAUGCAUCUAACAAGUUUGGAGAAGUAGAAGCCUUUGCAAAUCUUGUAGUAAAAGAGCGUACAAGAAUUACAGACGAACCGGAAGAUUAUGAAGUUGCAGCAGGUUCUACUGCCACAUUUAGAUGCAAUGCUGUAACUGAUUCUAGCUUAACUUUAACGAUAGAGUGGUUAAGUAAUGGCGAACCUAUUGAUUUUGAAAUGGAACCACGGUUUGUACGAAGUACAGAUUAUUCGUUAAUGAUCACAAAGACAACAGAAUUAGAUUCUGGUACUUACACUUGCGUUGCUCGUACUGAAUUGGAUGAAACAAGGGCACAAGCAACAUUAACAGUUCAAGAUGUACCUAAUGCUCCAAAAUUAAUUGGUGUAAAUUGUAUGUCUGAUAAUGCUGUUGUACAAUGGACUCCUAUGGGUGAUAAUAGAGCACCAAUUCUACGAUAUACUAUUCAAUACAAUACAAGUUUUACACCAGAUACUUGGGAAACAUCAGCAGAUUUUGUACCUGCUACAGAACAAACAUAUGAUGUACCAAUGUCACCUUGGGCUAAUUACACAUUUCGUGUACUUGCAUGGAACAAAAUAGGAAAAUCUUUACCUUCAUCACAUAGUGACGUUUGUACAACUCAGUCAGAUGUUCCUUAUCGCAAUCCAGAUAAUGUUAUGGGUAAUGGAACUACACCUCAAAAUCUUGUAAUUUCUUGGACUAUAUUACCACAAAUAGAACACAAUGCUCCAAGAUUUAUGUACAGAGUGUAUUAUAAAAGAGAUAGACCAGAAGAACAAUGGACUAUAGAGGACAUAAACAAUUGGAAACAACACACUCUUACAAUAGAUAACCAACCAACUUAUCAAAAAUAUAAAAUUAAAGUAAUUGCAAUUAAUGAGAAAGGAGAAAGUAAAGCUGAAGUCAAGGAAGUGUAUGGAUAUUCUGGAGAGGAUGUACCACUACAAGCUCCUGGAAACUUUACCUUGAUUCAAGUCAAAUCUAGUACAUCUGCACUACUCUCAUGGAAUGCCGUCCCUGAAGAAUCAGUGAGAGGCGAAUUAAAAGGUUAUAAAAUUCAAACUUGGACAGAAAAAGAAGGUGAAAAAGGAAUGCGUGAAAUUGAUAUUAGAGGUGGCAAUAUGACACGCGCUUUAGUUAAUAAAUUCAUUCCGUAUAGUAAAAAUUUUGUCAGGAUUCUUGCUUAUAAUGGAAGAUAUGCAGGACCUCCAUCUGAGACAUUAAGUUUUGAUACACCUGAAGGUGUUCCAGGAACAGUACUUAGUUUUGAAGCUUUUCCCAUGGGCUCUAGUGCACUCUUUCUUGUCUGGUCAAAGCCUGCUGAACCAAAUGGUGUUUUAACUGGAUAUAAAAUUUAUUAUAGGGUAGUAAAUGGAACUAGAUUAGAGACAUUAUUAGAAAGGAAACCACAUAUAUCAGAUCCAGAAGCUACUAGUGCUAAAUUAGCAGCUUUGGCGCCUGAUACAAAAUAUAGAGUCCAUAUUCGAGCUACAACCAAAGUUGGUGAAGGAAAUGAUUAUUUCAUCGAAAAAAGAACACGUACUUCUCAAAGACCAGAUGUACCUCAAUUUACAUGGGACACUAUUCCCAAAGAAAAUGGAUAUUCGAAUGUAAGGAUAACGUGGCAACCAAAUUUAAAUGGCAAUCCUGGUAGUCAUUUCUUUGUAAAAUAUAAUUUGAAAGGUGAAACAAUUGCUUCUGAAACGGAUCCCGAAUUUCAAUCGAAUACGAUUGAAGUACGUGGACUUCCAAGUGGUGAAGUCUAUGUUAUGUCUGUAGUUGCUGUUGAUGGAGAUUAUGUAACUGAAAGUGUACCACAAGAAGUAGAAACCAGUAGUGAAGGGCCAAUAAUUCAACCUAAAGAAAACGUUGCAACAGCUGGGUGGUUCAUAGGUAUGAUGUUGGCGAUAGCUUUCCUUCUAUUUGUUCUGAUUAUUGUCUGCAUAAUUAAACGAAAUAGAGGUGGAAAAUAUGCAGUGCACGAACGUGAAUUAGCUGCUGGACGAGGAGAUUAUCCUGACGAAGGUGGUUUCCAUGAAUAUUCUCAACCUUUAGAUACUAAAUCUGCCGGUGGCCGUGCGUCGUUGGCCUCGUCAUCUCAUCAAGAUGGAAAACAUCCAGAAUCUGACACUGAUUCUAUGGCAGAAUAUGGAGAAGGGCCUUUCACAGAAGAUGGAUCAUUUAUUGGGCAAUAUGGUCCAAAAGGCAGACCAGAGGAAACACCGUCCAUUCCAACCGGGACUAUGGCCACGUACGUGUAACCUCUCUAAGAAUCUCAUUCAAACAAAAUAAAAGAUCUUUUCUCAUCAUGGUAAGGAAUACGAAUCCUUACCUGCUGCAGCAAUUUCGCUAUGCACUUUGCGCUGGGCGCAAUGUCCAACACUAUACUGCCAAUUAGAAUUUGUUUUUGGGUUUUAUAGUUUAUUUAGAGAAAUUCAUGAAUUUGUGCAUUUAAUAUUUGUAAGAAAAGUUAUGUAUACAUGUGGCUCUUUAAGUUCUUUUUUUACUUUCUUUUUUCAUAUUAAUCUAUAUACUAAAAGAUUAUAAUAAUAUAAAUUUGUUUACAGUUUAAAAAUUGAAAAAAAUGUUAUGACAUCAUUAGAGGUCAUUUGAAAGAAAAUUAAAAAAUAUAUUAAAUAUAACUACCACAUGUGUAUAUAUUUGGAUAUAUGACGUAUUAAAUGACAAUGCAAGAUGUAAAUUUAUUUUAUUCAUCUCUGGUCAGUUGUAAAACCCAAAGACAAUAGGUGUUUCAUAGCGUGCAAGCUAUUUAUGAAAAUAGAACUGUAGAAACUAAUCUCCAAUAUCUAUGGUAAUAUUUGACAAGGCUAGAUUGAAGGCAGACACUUUAGCUUAUUACAGGGUAUCUAAAAUGUGUUUGCAUUAUUCGGAUUGUGGUGUAUAUGUAUCUAUGAGUGGAAAAUACUUUCAGGAUAGCAUAUACCGUCAAACAUUUUGCCUCACGUUUUAUGUGUUCAAAAAUAAAAAUUUUACAAUCUAUUGAAAUAAUAUACACAAAACAUCUUCAAUGUGAUAAAUUAUAAUCUAGCCUAUAGUAUUUGAAAAAUACUGAUAUAACAACCUACCUAAUGUGAAAAUUAUCUUUCUCAAUAUUAUUAUUAUUAUACAAAAUUAGAUGAAAAUAUUAAAGGACAGCUUAAGAAGCGAUGUCACAAUCUGGCCUCGACUGAAUGUUACUUCUUAAGAAAGUUCUCUCUAAAGAUCUUUAGAUACACAAUCAAUUUUUACUCUGCAGACAGAGGGCCAAAUUUAUUGAAUUAUUAAUUAUCUAUGAUUAUUGUGCACUUGCACAUUGAUUACAGAUACGAGAGCAAAACAAAAAUAUAUAUAUAUAAAAAAAACUGUAUCACACAUAUUUAAUAUAAUAUUAACAAAACAUUGUACACACACAUGCACUAUAGUAGUUAGAUAUCACAAGGCCUCUAAUCGUUGCUUUUUGUAUGUGAAACAUGCUCUAGUUAACACUUAGCCAACCAAAUGGGGAGAUCUCUCUACUUUGAAAUAAGUCACUAUAUGACCGGCCGGGGGGGAUCUCUUAUUUUUUUCUUAGCAACGCUUUUAUCUUGUUUACUUUUUUUUCAUUAGUCAAUCUUGAACUGAAAUUGUUCGAAAUUCAUCAAAUACUUUUUCUGCUUUUGUAAAACACAAUUUUUAAUAAAAUCUGUUAAAUAAGUUCAGUUAAAGUUAAUGAAAGAAGUUAUAGUUCCCAAUUAAAACUAAAUAAUAUUUUAUAAGGUAUAAAAAAAAUACCGAUACUUAUUAUGUUUAUGAAACUUAUUUCUUUUUCGCAAGAUUUAUUAUAAUCCAAGGAACAUAAUAUAAGAUUAUUAUUUAAUUAAUAUAUAAAGUAUUGAGAAUAUAUAAAGAGACAUUAUAUUAAUAGACAAGAAGACAUAAGAGAUCUGACAAGAGUAAAAAGAAAGAACACAAAGGACAACUAUUAAGUAACACUAUUAUGUUUGAUUAUAGUAUACUGAGUAUUUAAAGAGAAUAAGACAGACUUGUUAUUUUUUUUCAGAGUACAUGUACAAUUAAUUUAGGUUAUUAAAUUAGUAAAUUUCAUACAAUGUGUACAGGUUGUCUGCAAAAGUGUCACAAGCAAAUAUGUUAGGUACAAAGGCAAUGAAAAAAAAGGUACAAAAUGUAAAAUACUUAUAGAAAUGCGAGAUAAUUCAUAAAUAUAUUAUACUCCAAAAUGAUAUAUAUUUCAGCUUAUCAGAAGGAAAGAAAUAUGGUACAAUUUUGUCUGCAACAUAAUAUCAAAGAUUUAUCCGUAUAUUAACCAAAAAGAAAGAAAGAAAGAAAGAAAAGAAAUAUAUCCUCUUUGGUGCUGCAUGUAUAAAUGUUUUGUCAGAAAAUAUUUGUUAGGACCUUUCUUGCCGAUUAUCCUGUACAAAUGACUUUGACGUCGAAAAAAUUAAUAAUUAUAUAUGUGGGUGCAUAAAAGGAAAGAAAGCUAUCGUGUGUGUGCGUGUAUAUAUAUAUAUAUAUAUAUAUAUAUAUAUAUACAUACAUAUAAAAUGACACUAAUAUAUAUAUAAUAAAAAUGCCAAGUAAUUCGAAAGAUAAAGUUCAAUACGUAUAUCAUAAAGUACUGAUUUCUGAUAUAUUACUUCCAUUGUUAGUCAGAACGUCGUAUUAUAUACAUACGUCGACGUCGACGUCGAAGUCAUACGAUAAAUAGUUAUACGUACGUUUUUUCACAUAAUUUAAUAUAUAAUUUUAUAUUGGAUUCCCCGUAAAUAUUUUUCGAAGGAAUCUUUAAAUAGAAUUUAAAAUGAAACUUUGAAUCUCCACGAAUGUAUAUUAAAUAUUUCAUUAUAUUUGCGUAAACUUCCAAUAUAUACAUCCGUAUAUAAACGACUUAUUGCAUUUUUAUACUUUUUAUCAUUUUUACAAUCGCAAAUAUCUUUUUUCUGAUCUAUUUUUUUUCUUGUUUUUUCCUUAUAUAACAGAUAUUUCGAAGCCUAUAUCGUACCGUUACUUGCGUUGAAAAAACUAUCUAUGCGCAUAGAAAUUUAUGUACAAGAAAUAGUUGUAUGUAUUUUACAUUGACGCAAAAUAAUAGUGAGUUAACGAUUUACAUAUACACACGUUUCUUUUUGUAUUUCCAUUUUUUUUUUUUUUUUUUUUUUUUUUUUUUUUUUUUUUUUUUUUUUUUUUUUUUUUUUUUUUUUUUUUUUUGUAAUAUUUACUUUGUUCACGUGCAUAUAAUAUUUGUUAUGAAGUUGAAAACGUUAUAUAGAAACUAACAUAUUCUUUUGCUUUAUGUUUUAUGCAAUUGGAUAUAUACAUAUAUAUUGGAGAUAUAUAUGUAUAUAUAUAAUAUAUAAAAUGUACGACUUAUUAUUGAAUAGUAUUUCAUCGUGAAACGAUUGGAUAGCGCAUGUUAUUUGUACAAAGCAUAACACCGACUGAAAAAAAAAGAGUAUAAGGGAGUUAAACAAUAAGAAAUAUUCAAUGCAUUUGUCUUAACAUGCGUUUAUCCAUCACUCAUAUUGUUCAUUGUAUAUUAAAUUAUUAUAAUUAGGAUAAUAAUAAUAAUAAUAAUAAUAAUAAUAAUAAUAAUAAUAAUAUGUUUUCCGAAUAAAAAGAAUAAAUGCACGCGAGGAGUACUAUCGAAAACCAUCACCGUACUCUUUCUUCAAAUUAUUUUCUACGAAGUAGAAAAGCGCAAGAGACAUUAUUCAAUCCGUUUAUACUAUCUCUUUUGUCAUAUUUUAGAAAAACAGCGAUUAUUAUCGAAGAUAUAAUAUUAUGUUAAAAGAAAAACCACGUUAUGUAAUUCGUAGAGAUAAUACAUUUUAAUAUUUAAGUUACCCGUUUUCCUACGAUUUCAAAAUGCGCAUUCCAAACGUACGUCCGUACAAUAUCUCCCAUGUCAAUGAAAAGAAAAAAAUAAAUAAAAUCUACAAACGAAA